AGGGUCCUCUAGAGCCACCCGGUGUCGAUAAAAGGGCAGCGCAGCGGGGAGGCCGGCUGGGAGCGCAGAGCUGACCUGGGACCAUGCCGCUGCUCCUGCUGGCCGUGGCACUGAGCCUUUUCUGUGCAGUGCCGGCCGCCUUGCCUCCGCUGGCUCCUGCUCGUGCUGAGGAGCUUUUAGGAACCUGGUACAUGAUACGCUGGGCAGGAGACCUGCCUAUUCCUGAUGAGACGAGGAACCACCCAAUGCCUCCCAUGAAGUUGCGCAAAAACAGUCAAAAUAAGCUGGAGCUCAGGAUGAACCUCAUGAAACCCAUUGGAUGCAUUGAGUUCAAGCUGCCCCUGGAUGUAGGAGAUGAACCUGGCACCUUUAUAACCCGAUGGAAACAUACCAUCUAUGUCUACUUCCUGCCAGGGAAGAAUCACGGCAUCACCUACUUCAGGGGCUACAUGAACUACAUGUAUUACCAGAUGAUGAUGCUCAUGGCCCACACUCUGGAUGAAGACCAGGAGGCCAUAGCGGUCUUUCAGGAGUUUGUGGACAGCAAGAAUCUGAAAAUAAAAGAACUCAUUAACCCUCCUCGGGCCGAUGCCUGUAAAUUGUCCAGAGAGAUUUAGUACAAGGAAGGAGAGACAGACACGGCCUAGAAACGAGGAGCUGGGACCCUGCUGCCCUUCACCUCCCAAGGGCAGAACUCCGAACGAACUGCAAGAGAGAACAGGGCCCAGCACACACAUCUCCCCAAACUUCUGCUGUCAAUAAAGAUGGUCAACUUCUGCUGCUCA